GCCCCACUCCAACGUCGAAACGUUUUCCAGUCGGUCCGUAAUCAAGCACUCUCGGCCAUCACAGGUGAUACCCUGACGUCACUCUUCCGCCUCAGUAAUGGCUACUCGGUGAUUUUGCCCUAUCUUUUGUUUGAUAAACAUUCAGUCUUUUGUAUUUAGUUGUUGUGCCAGAGCCGAUUAUAAUGCCGAGUGCAUCGUAUGGGUCAACAAAAUACUACCCGAGACGAUCGAGGAGAAAAGGGGCCAACAGGAUUCCCAUGCCGUCCAGGCCUGGUGAGGGCUUUGGUGGUGGAAGCAGUAAUGCUGUAUCAAAUAGUAGCACAUCAACAGUAGUCAAUUCACCCACCACUCACACACCUCCCUAUGACUUAAGAAGAAAAUCACCUUUACACAGCGAGUCAUCAAGUACAGGACCCACGAUAAGAAAACGACCACGUCGUAUUUGCUCAGUGACAACAGACUUAUACACACCACCAGCAGCACAUUACCUCCAGUACGAGUUGCCGGAUGAGGUUAUUUUGACCAUAUUCAGCUAUUUACUAGAGCGUGAUCUCUGCAGACUUUCUCAGGUGUGCAAACGGUUCCGCACAAUCGCAAACGAUAAUGGGUUGUGGAAAAGGUUAUAUCACAGCGUAUUUGAAUACGAUGUGCCUCUCUUUAAUCCUGAACCUUGCAAAUUCGAAUUCAUUCCUUGUAACGAAUGUGAAUAUGACAAUCCUUGGAAAGAAAGUUUUCGGCAGUUAUACAGAGGUAUUCACGUUAGACCCGGACUCGGUUCCCGCUACAGAGCAAGAGGAAGGUCAAUUUCGCACUUUGAAUCUGUUCAGACAGCCUUAGAUCAUGCAGAUGAUAAUCAGACAUUAGGAGUACCAGGAAUUGUUUUUGUACAUGCAGGCAUAUAUAAGGGAGAAUUCCUCGUUAUAGAUUCCGAUGUUGCAUUAAUUGGAGCAGCCCCAGGAAAUGUCGCAGAAUCUGUCAUUCUAGAACGUCAAACGGAAUCAACAAUAAUGUUUGUCGAAGGAGCUAAAAAUGCUUACGCUGGUCAUCUCACAUUGAAAUUCACACCAGAGGUGACAUCAACAGUAUCACAUCAAAAACAUUAUUGUUUAGAAGUCGGUGAGACGUGUACCCCUACUAUUGACCAUUGUAUCAUACGUAGCACAUCAGUCGUUGGGGCUGCUGUAUGUGUAAGUGGUACUGGAGCUAAUCCUUUUAUUAGACACUGUGAUAUAAGUGAUUGCGAGAAUGUCGGAUUGUAUGUAACAGACUAUGCUCAUGGCACAUAUGAAGACAAUGAAAUUUCAAGGAAUGCAUUAGCCGGAAUUUGGGUUAAGAAUUAUGCCAAUCCUAUAAUGCGUCGCAAUCAUAUACAUCAUGGACGAGAUGUGGGCAUUUUUACGUUUGAAAAUGGGCUGGGCUUUUUUGAAGCUAAUGACAUUCAUAACAACCGAAUAGCCGGAUUUGAAGUAAAAGCUGGUGCAAACCCCACAGUGGUGCACUGUGAAAUACACCAUGGGCAGACAGGGGGGAUAUAUGUACAUGAAAAUGGACUAGGACAAUUUAUAGAUAACAGAAUCCACUCGAAUAAUUUUGCCGGAGUUUGGAUAACUUCCAACAGCAACCCAACAAUAAGACGAAAUGAAAUUUACAAUGGGCAACAAGGGGGUGUGUAUAUUUUUGGAGAAGGUAGAGGCUUAAUAGAACACAACAAUAUAUACGGCAAUGCACUAGCUGGAAUUCAAAUUAGAACGAAUAGCGAUCCUAUUGUCAGGCACAACAAAAUCCAUCAUGGGCAACAUGGUGGCAUUUAUGUUCAUGAAAAAGGUCAAGGGCUUAUUGAAGAGAAUGAAGUUUAUGCAAAUACUUUAGCCGGCGUUUGGAUUACAACAGGCUCUACCCCUGUAUUAAGACGAAAUCGUAUUCACUCUGGAAAACAAGUCGGUGUUUAUUUUUAUGACAAUGGCCAUGGCAAACUGGAAGACAAUGAUAUAUUUAACCACUUAUACUCAGGAGUGCAGAUAAGAACUGGAAGUAAUCCAAUUAUUAGAGGAAAUAAAAUAUGGGGUGGACAGAAUGGUGGUGUUCUAGUUUACAAUGGUGGUCUAGGCCUAUUAGAACAAAAUGAAAUUUUUGAUAAUGCCAUGGCUGGAGUUUGGAUUAAAACAGAUUCAAAUCCAACGUUAAAAAGAAACAAGAUAUUUGAUGGACGGGAUGGAGGAAUUUGUAUUUUUAAUGGUGGAAAAGGUAUUUUAGAGGAAAAUGACAUAUUUAGAAAUGCCCAAGCUGGGGUGUUAAUUUCUACACAAAGUCACCCGAUAUUACGCCGUAAUAGAAUAUUCGACGGGUUAGCAGCAGGAGUCGAAAUCACAAACAAUGCGACAGCAACGCUUGAAAACAACCAAAUCUUUAACAAUCGCUUCGGCGGGCUGUGUCUUGCCAGCGGGGUUCAACCAAUUGUGCGCUGCAACAAAAUAUUCAGCAAUCAAGAUGCUGUGGAAAAGGCCGUGAGGAACGGGCAGUGCCUGUACAAAAUAUCCAGUUAUACAUCCUUCCCGAUGCACGAUUUCUACAGAUGUCAGACGUGCAACACUACCGAUCGUAAUGCCAUAUGUGUCAACUGCAUAAAAACAUGUCAUUCCGGUCAUGAAGUGGAAUUUAUUCGUCAUGACAGGUUCUUCUGUGAUUGUGGCGCGGGCACAUUAUCUAAUCACUGCCAACUACAGGGUGAGCCUACUCAAGAUACAGAUACGUUGUACGACUCGGCAGCACCGAUGGAAUCACACACACUGAUGGUGAAUUAAACGUUAGAUUAUAUAAAAGAGAAGUUGCAUCAAGCAUAAUUUAUUAGUUACAUUUUUUAAUUUAAUUUUUAAGUUUGAGCCAUUUUGACUGAUUUUUGUUAUACACGAGGCUUCAAAUAAGUAAUCUCCAAGUUCUCUAGAAGUCAAGUCUGUAAGGGGAAUUAUUGAUCAAAUUUGGAUCUUUUUGUUUAUCCAAGGUCUGUUAACAACAGUUUUUAUUAUGUGAAUUGGUUAGGAUUGAGUGAGUACUCAAAAAUGCAUUUUUUUGGUAAUCUUAAUUUUAUGUGUAUACUUUUCAGUAAUAGUUGUGGAAUUUAUGAGAAUCCAAGUUGUACUAACGUGUUUCAUGAGGGUGCAAUAUAUUAUUUUUAUUUUUUAUAUAGAAUAUUUUAACGUCUAAAGUCGCUUUGCUACACCUGUUUGAUUUAGCAUGUAUACGUUCUGUGUCCGAUCAUAUUUUGUGUGUACUAUUGGAUUGCCUUUAGCAAUUUUAUUAAUGCAUUGGUAUUUCUGCUUGAAGUUUUAUCCCAUACAUUUUAAUCGUAUUGAUACAUAUUUUAUAUUUUUAAUGACUAAACCUUGACCUCUUUUACUAUUUCACUCUAGCUAUUCAGGUAUUAAUAAAAUCAUCUUUUUUUUUUUUUUAACCAUUAAACAAUAUAUAUUUUGUUUACUUGUUGAACGAGGUCAGUAGCUGUCAGAGAGAUUGGGUUGUCUAUCCAAAUAUUUUCGUAGUGCACACAAAAACGUAAUAUUCAUUUAAUUUUAAACUUAAUAGUUGUGUUGUGAUGAAAGUACUGAGGAGCCUGCAAAUAAUUGUUGGCCGAUUGUGAAAUGUACUUCUUUUAAUAGUUAGGACUUUCCUGAUUGAAUUUUUUUUUUUAAAUUGGAAAUUUUAUAAGUCAAACAUCAUUACAUGCCAUGCUUAACUGUUAAUAUUUAGUUUCUAUAAUUUUUUUUUUCAAUACUACCUCAUCUCAUUAAUAAAUCAGAUAAUAAAACUGUUAAUUCUUUGCGCUUGGUAUUCCACAGUAUUGUAUACAUACGCCAAGGCUUGGAGUACUUUUUUCUUUCUUUUUUUUUUUGAAUUGGGAAUUUUAUAAGUCAAACAUCGUUGCAUGCCUUGUUUACCUGUUUAACAUUUUGUUUCUAUAAUUUUUUUUUAAUGCUACCUCAACUCAUUAAUAAAUCAGAUGUUGAAGCUGUUCUGGUGUCAAUUUGUAGCAGUGAAAUUAAUUCUUUGCGCUUGGUUUAUAUUCCACAAUAGUGUUAUAUGCCAAGGCUUGUGGUAUUUUUUGUAUUACAAUUUUUUAACGAAUCAAACUGAUAACAUCUCUAUUAAAACUGCUUGGUUGUACGACUUAAGCACUGUAAUCAUUAAACAGAUCUUGGAAAUAUUUUUCACCUUAGUGUAUAAAUAUAUUUUUAAAUGUCUACAGGUUAGUAGUACAUGGCUAAAAUAUCACGGAUUUUUUUAUUUGACUUGAGAUUUUUUUUUUAA